AUGCAAGAAUUGUUCCGUAACAGCAAUGCAGACGGUUCUCUUGCUAUGGAUGCCGCUAAUUGCAUGAAUGACACACAAGAUGAUGAAGACAAUGACUUGAAUGAUGACAUAUGCAAUGACUUUUCAAAUUAUGCUCAACCUCAAGAUGAUCUAGGUGAUGAUUCUGACACUUUGCCUUCUCCUACAAAUGAGCAAACUAGCUUUUUAUCCCAAACUGGCGAUGGUAGUUCAUCUAGCUCUGGAAUGAAGCGUCCUAGAGCUGAGGGUAAACCAGCCAAGAGAGAUGUGAGACCGAAAAGUCGGUUGUCAAAAAUAGGGGAUACAAUUGCAACUACUUUGGUGACCCUUCAACAAGAACUCAAGAAGCCGGCACCGGCUCUACCACAUAUGCCUAAUUCUGAUGCUAUCUUGUGGCAACGGAUUGAAAAUAUGACAUUAACUACCGAUCAAAAGCUGAUGGUGGGAACUUUUCUAGCACAUAAGGAUCAAAAGGGUAUGCGUGGUUUUCUAUCCGGUUCAGCUGAGAUGACAUUUCAAUCAUGGGUAUUCAAAUUUCUCAGUGAUUCGGGGCUGUAAUUCCCUAUGUGCUUGACUGCUAUUUUGUUUAAGUGCCAGACUCAUUCAAGAAUUAACUGAAGGUGGAUGGUGUCAAUGACG